UAAAUGCUUUGUCUGGCUGCUGUGCCUUUAAACGGCGAAGCCCGGUCUGCUGGUGGGAUGGUGUUAGUUUGGAGCCGGAGAGAUGAGAGGAAGUUGCGCAGCCCGGACCGGGCGCUGGAAUAAAAGCUGCGCGAGUGAUUGAAAGUGAUGGUGAAGCGGAUUUGGCAUCAGCGCCGUAUUAACUUGGAGGGAGAGCGAGCGAGAGAGAGAGAGAGAGAGAGAGAGAGAAAGAGAGAGAGAGAGAGAGAGAGAGAGAGAGCGAGGGAGGAGGAAAGGGAACAUGUAGAGAGGGGGAGGGAGGCGCUCCAUAAAGCUGCUGUUAUCUGCCCUUGAGCGUGCAGGGCAAAGCCAAGCCGCCGAAACGAGCGGAAAGUCAGCGGGGCGCUCCCCUUUGUCGCCCAUCCUGUCGUUCAAAAAGUAACCUGCCGAGAACGACAAAGGGCCGGUCCGAACCUAAGCGCCGACGAGCGAAGAGCCGCCGCAAGUUAUUGAGAGCAGCGUCUGUUUAAAAAAAAAAAAAAAAAAAGGAUUACUGAUCCGGGAGAGAUAAAGAAGGUCCGGGAGAAAGAUGGAGCACCGCACACAUGCAGCUUUUCUUGAAGACCCGGAAGGAUCGGCGCUGAAGCGGCCUGAAGUUGCACUCCUCCGUGUCAUUUUCACUGGGAAUAUAAACGCGCUGAUGGGGGCAGACAGCCGGUAAGAAGGCGGGCUGUUUCAACGCAUUUUACGUUUUCGCCCGGUUUGCACCUGAAGGGAAAUCGUUGUCUGUGUGAACGGCUGCCCUGGAAAAGUGGAUUUAUUCAAACUGCUGAAGAGAUCGUGGAGGGUCGUUUUCAGCAAUAAUCGAGCACUUUUACUGCUUGACUUCUAAUUGUUUCUAAGGGACACAUGACAGUCCGGCCGAGCUCUUCAUUUCAUAUCUGAUGACAGUCCUCGGCUGAAUUCAUGACACGCGACAAUCUAUCGUGACAGGCACCCUGUAAUCGCCUUCUGCGCUACUUCUGCGGUGACACAUGACAAUCCGAGUUUGAAGUCCUGCUGGCGUGACGCAUGAGCAGCCGCAGCUAGUAGCGUCCAUGCGGAUCCGGCUGGAGACCCCACCUUCCGGACCCUCGGACCAUGUGUGUGGACCCCGCGAUGGCCGUACUCGUGCUGGCCGCCCUCGUUGUGCAGUGCGCCGCCCUGACACGGGGACAGUACGACAUCUGCAAGUCACUGGUCAGCACGGACGACGGCCCGACCUGGGAGUUUUACGCGUGUCAGCCCAAGCCGAUGCCCAUGAAGGAGUACAUGAAAGUCAAAGUGGAACCCCCCGGAAUUACCUGCGGAGACCCUCCGGAGAGGUUCUGUACCCUGGAAAACCCGUACCUGUGCAGUGACGAGUGCGACGCCUCCAAUCCCGACCUGGCGCAUCCGCCUAAGCUGAUGUACGACAAGGAGAAAAACGGCCUGCUGACCUACUGGCAGACGGUGACGUGGAGUCGCUUCCCCGAGCCCCUGUUAGCCAACAUUUCACUUUCGUGGAAUAAGAGCAUCGAGCUGACGGAUGACAUCCUGAUCACGUUUGAGUACGGCCGGCCCACCAUCAUGGUGAUGGACAAGUCCUUGGACUAUGGACGGACAUGGCAGCCGUACCAGUUCUACGCCGAUGACUGCAUGGACGCUUUCGGCAUGCCGUCCAAGAGAGUCCAGGAGCUCUCGGCCACCAACGUCACCCGGGUCAUCUGCACAGAGGAGUACUCCCGUUGGGUGGGCUCCAAGAAUGAGAAGAACGUGCGCUUCGAGGUGCGGGACCGUUUCGCCAUCUUCGCUGGGCCUCACCUGCGGAACAUGGACAGCCUUUACACCCGCAUGGAGAGCAUGAAAGGGCUGAAGGACUUCUUCACCUUGACCAACCUCCGGCUGCGGCUCCUGCGCCCGGCACUGGGUGGCACCUACGUGCAGCGCGAGAACCUCUACAAAUAUUUCUACGCCAUUUCAAACAUUGAAGUCUCAGGAAGGUGUAAAUGCAACCUCCAUGCCAGCCAAUGCACAUUCAAAGAUGGCAGCCUGCAGUGCGAGUGCGAGCACAACACCACAGGACAGGACUGCGGACGCUGCAAGAAGAGUUUCCGAGCCAAAUCCUGGAGACCGGGGUCUUACUUACCAUCGCCUAACGGAUCACCCAACACUUGUGCGGCUGCUGGAUCGGCGCUGGGCAACUGCGAGUGCAAUGGCCACUCGAACCGCUGCAGUUACAUCGACUUUCUCAACAUCGUGACGUGCGUCAGCUGCAAACACAACACUAGGGGGCAGCACUGCCAGCACUGCCGCCUGGGAUACUUCCGGAAUCUGUCCGCCGAGCUCGACGAUGAGAACGUUUGUAUAGAGUGUAACUGUAACCAGAUGGCCUCCGUCCACGACCGCUGCAACGAGACGGGCUACUGUGAGUGUAAAGAUGGCGCGACUGGCCCGAAAUGCGAGGACUGCCUGCCCGGAUACUACUGGAAGCAGGGCUGCUACCCCAACGUCUGUGACGACGGGCUCUUGCUUUGCCUCAAUGGAGGGACCUGCUACCAGAACCAGAGGUGCGUGUGCCCGGUGGGAUUCAAGGGGGUCCUGUGCGAGCAGCCCAAGUGCAAUUCAGAGGAGGGCGACUGCGACACCGCCGCCCCGUCCUCGUACCUCAGCCUGGCCGUCCUCGCCGGGGGCCUGCUGCUCCAUUGGCUGCACUGAGACGCCAACGGGCCGAGACCCCCAGACCUGAAGGGAACGGGCGGUGAGGGAAAGACAAACGCUGCCACGAGACGGGUGGCCGAAGGUCCACAGGAGGGUACGAGAAGAAGAGCGCCACCCACCCACCCACCCUUGGGAUUGUGGCCGCAGACUUUGAUACCAAAAAGCAAACUGGCACUCGCUCAGAGAUGCGCCCAUGUAGUCCAUGCCCACGUUAGGAUGCACCUGCCCAUGAUAUCAUUUUAUUUGUUUUGAACUCAAAGAUUCAAUCGCUGCGCCCGCUGCCACUUCUGUAUCGCUCUAGAGAACAUAGACAGCCACGCAGACGUCAGUCGACCGAGACCCUCAGACCCCCGUCGCCGGCUCCAAGGCCCGAGUGGGCAUCAGGUGGGCGGAGACCGUGGCCCACCCGUGAACGCAUGCUGUGGAGGACGGAGCGGCGGCAGCGGAGUCACCGAAACAAAACGACGGCGACAAUGACAAUGAUGACAAUAAUGACAAUAGCGUACGUACACUGCAGCACUGUUGGAAUAUUCUUUUGUAGAAAUCAUUAUUUUUGUUUGGAGUAAAUGUUAUCAUUUAAAAUCUACAAAUAAAUUCCAGAUGUGCAUUUUAA